AUGGCACCGACGCGAUCCAAGAAGCGCAAGUCGACCGAAUCGACAAACAGCUCUGCUGAAAUGUCCAACUUUCCAGCUCCACCCCAAAUGAUACCAACAAAAAGUCAGAGUCCGAUGAGAACUCCAACGCAUAGAAGUCCUGCCAAAAAGGCGAGAACUGGGAUCACAAUGGGACAGAAGCAAGCCCUCAUGGACAACCUGCAACUAGAAAUUACGGAGCGGGCCAGAAAACUAAGGGCCCAGUACAUGUUACAGGCCCAGGGGCUGCGAACGCGUAUUGAAAUUCGCGUCAAUCGGAUUCCAAUGGCAUUGAGAACAGCAAAGAUGGGGGACUUGUACGCAAAGUACAGUGAGAUUGCGGUCAAGAAUACGCAGAAGAGUCCUCAGAGAAUUGAGAAAGCUGCUUCACCAUACAAAAAUCGAAUGGAGGAUAUACGAGAAAACAGUCGGGCUAGCCCCUCCCCGCAAAAACCAAAGAAGCGCGUCAGUGACGAAAUGUCAAUUGACAAAGAGAACGAAGAUAUUGAAAACCCGAAGAAGAGAGUUCGUGGAGGUCCUGCCCCACCACAGAGAGUAGCAUCCAGAUCGCAAAUCCAGCCGUCACAAGUGUUAUCACCCAGAUCAGCCAAUUCGCGUACACUACCACGAUCACCAAUCCGGCAAGCAGUCCCAAUGAAAUCUGGUCUCGCCCGCCCAGUAUCACCACUCAAACCAACAGCUCCAGUACCAUCAGGCGGGGCAGCAGGUAUCCUCACGAAUAUGGUCGAGAAAGCAAAAGCAACACGCGGUGCGGGAGCUAGAAAGGCAGCUGAGCCAAAAACAACCACAACAGCAGCUGGAAGAGCGAAAAGGACCGCUGCUCCACCACCACCUGUUAUGCGAACUGCGAGGGGCAGAGCUAGUACGAUUAGUGAUUCGAGUGAGGGGAGUAACACGACUGUGGUUCGGAAGCCGGUGGCAGCGAAGAAAGAGCCCGUGAAGAGAACGGUCAUGGGGACGUUGAGGGGGAUGGGAGGAGCUACUAAGAAGGCUGCAGCUGCGAAACCUGCGGCGGCUGCUGCUACUGGGACUAGGGUUUUGAGGAAGAGGAAUUGA